CCAGUAGAGAUGGACGGAAAUUUCUCAUCCUCUCACAUGUCAGGGAACCCGGAGUUUGUGUCUCGCAGCACCCGCAUGUUCCUGACUGUGAUCAUGGGUGUGUUCACUGCGACCGGAAUCCUUCUCAACACUCUGGUGAUCGUGGUGACGGUGAGACACAGGAAACUGAGGCAGCCGCUCAGCUACGCCCUGGUCAACCUGGCGUUCUGCGACCUGGGCUGUGCCAUGUUCGGAGGAGUUAUCACCACCAUCAACAGCGCCGUGGGAUACUUCGCCUUCGGGGAGCUGGGCUGCUUCAUUGAGGGGUUUACAGUUGCUUUCUUUGGCAUCACGGGUUUAUGCACCAUCGGAGUGAUCUCGGUCGAGCGGUACAUCGUGGUGUGUUAUCCCAUGGGUGCCGUUCUGUUCCAGACCAGACAUGCGAUCGCAGGAGUCAUCCUGUCCUGGGUCUGGUCGUUCGUGUGGAACACUCCACCUCUGUUCGGUUGGGGGAGUUACAGCCCCGAAGGUAUCAAGACCUCCUGCGCCCCCACCUGGUCCAGUCGAGACGCUGGCGACGUGUCCUACAUGAUCAUAUACUUCCUGCUUUGUUUUUUCGUGCCAUUCACCAUCAUCAUGGUGUCGUACUCACGACUGCUGUGGACUCUGCGGCAGGUGACAAAGCUCCGGAUAUCCGAGGCAGGAAGCACCAACCGCGUGGAGAUGCAGGUGGUUCGGAUGGUGGUGGUGAUGGUGCUGGCCUUCCUGGUCACAUGGCUGCCCUACGCUGCCAUGGCUCUUGCCGUCAUCUUUGACCACAGUCUGGACCUUGACCCUCUUGUCGCCACCAUUCCUGUGUACUUCGCCAAGAGCAGCACUUGCUACAACCCCAUCAUCUACAUCUUCAUGAACAGACAGUUCCGAGACUACGCCAUCCCAACGGUGCUCUGUGGAUACAACCCGUGGGCCACAGACCCAAUAUCUGAGGUGGAAACCACAGACGCGUCAUCCCUCAACAAGAUCCAAAAAACUCCAUGUAGAGACAAGAUUGAAUUGUAAUUGGCAUAAAUAGGCUAAAAAAGUUGUGUAUUUUUAUCACUUAGCUGAUAAAAUAACUCCUCAGUGCAUUGA